GUGCUGGGGGAGCUCCCCUCCCUGAGAACCCAGGAGUCCGGGGAGGAGGAGCCCUGCCUGCCUCUCGCGAGAUCUCCCAGCCAUGUUGCAGCGCAGGGGCUUGUAAACAGUCGGCAGCCGCGGGGAGGCCCCCAGGUGUGUGUCUCCCGCCCGGCCGCCCUCCUUCCUUCCCCAGAAACGCCCGCAGGAUUUGGGCCCCCCAGGCCCCUUCUCCCUCCCCCCCGCGCGCUCCAUGAGCCAGACUUGAGGCACGCUCGGCGCCUCCCCUUUCCCAGGAAGAGAGGAGGGGAGAGACGCCCCCUCCCCCCCGCCGCCUGGGAAGUUGCUGCUUGCCUGCCAGACGCCACCGGCCGUGCCAUGAUGCAACCUCAGCGCCCACUGCCGGUCGCGGCACUUGUCUUACCAGUUUGCCUGCUGUUGGAACUGCCGGCUGCAAAGGGCUACAUCCACGCUAUGUCGGACCAAAAUUCCAGCAUGGAGUUUUCUGACCUGCCAGCCAUGUUUGGGGACCCCCUGCCACAUAAGGGACUUGGGGGCUUUCUGGUGGAAGCCAGGCCAGCAAACGCCUGCCAGGCUAUCGAGGCCCCUCCGGAGCUGUCCAACAGGAGUGUCUUCAUCGCCCUCGUCCGGAGAUACGACUGCAGCUUUGACCUCAAGGUGUACCAUGCUCAGCAGGCAGGAUUCCUGGCUGUCAUCGUGCACAAUGUGGGUUCAGACAAGCUGCUCAACAUGGUUUGGGACAGUGAGGAGCGCCGCAAACUCAUCACUAUCCCUUCUGUGUUUAUUGGUGAAACGGCCGCCACGUAUCUGCGCAGCGCCUUCACUUACGAGAGAGGGGGUCAAGUUAUCUUGAUUCCAGAGUACAUCUUCCCCCUGGGCUAUUACCUCAUCCCUUUCACAGGUGUGGUGGGCAUCGUUCUUGCUGUGAUGUGUACCAUUCUGAUUGUGCGGUGUGUUCAGCACCGGAAGAGGAUGAGGAGGAAUCGACUUUCAAAGGACCAGCUUAAGAAGAUUCCUGUCCACAAGUACAAAAAAGGGGAUGAGUAUGACGUUUGCGCCAUCUGCCUGGAGGAGUAUGAAGAUGGGGAGCGGCUGCGCAUCCUCCCCUGCUCUCAUGCUUACCACUGCAAGUGUGUGGACCCGUGGCUGACCCAGACGAAGAAGACGUGCCCAGUCUGCAAGCAGCGCGUGCUGAACUCGCCGGAGGAUUCGGACUCUGAUGGGGAGGGAGGGACCACUGGCCACUCUGUCCCUCCCCGGGAUGAAGAGGAAGGCGGGGAGGAGCAGGAGGAGGAGAGUGACUCUGAGCGCACCCCCUUGCUGCGGUCCUCGCCCACGGUGGCACUGGGGCCCCCCUCCUUUGGCAGCAUGGCGCACUCCCCCCCUUCCAGCCCUCCAGGCCUGUUGGAGGAAGGGGGCAGUCAGGGCCUAGAUCUUCCACGGAGCCCCCUGAUAGUCUAGCCCCCUCCUCUCCACCCUCCCUCGCCCCCGCCAUGUACUGCGCACUGGCUGGGGGGGGGCAGUCAGUACUGGCACAUGCAUUCCUCCCUCCCUCCGAAAAGGGGGGAGGGGAGGGGAAGGAUCCUCUGCUUUGACCACUUCGAGCUUCCACUGUAUUUUUUAACUAUUCAGGGCAGAGAGCGGAGGUGGGGUAGAGUUUAGGGUGUGGGGGGGACACAGGUUGAGGAGGGGAAAGAGAUGAAGGGCAGUUGGAUCUCUGUCCUGCUGGUGGUGCCAAGGCCCCCUUGGGGUGUGGGGCGAGGGAGACGGCAGAGGCUGCAGAAUCCACCACCCCACCCCCUUGCAAGGAGGAGCGUCCUUGAUGCAAGGCAGAUGUCCACAUGGGCAGCAGUCUCCAUGCUGCCUGCAUUCCUCUGGCCCGGCUGCUCCUGCUAGUCCUGGGGGAGGGGGCCAGCAUCCUUUCUGCCUCCCCCCCCCCCAGCAGCGCCUUCCUUCCUUGGGGCAGGGAGAGAGUAGAGCCCACCUGGGGGGAGGGGAGUUGUACAUGGGUAAAAUAGUGUUUGUUUGUCAAAUGCUAGCAUGAGGGACUUGUAGGUUAAGGUGGGUGUCCUGGCGAUGCGGGGGUGUAUACUUUGGGAGGGGGGAAGCUUAAAAAUGGUUGCAGGGGGGUGGCAUGGACCGUUUCCAAAAGUAGGACAAAUCUUGUGUUAUCUGUCCCCCCUCCCAACUGUUCCUGGGGGGAAUCAUUUGAUUGCAACUCAUGGCUCUUAAAAGCUGUUGAAAGCAUUGCAGGGUAGAGCCCCCCCCCCCCCCCGGCAGUUUUGCACUUUUCUGCCAGUCGUGUGCCAAGGAGGGGGUGGGGCCCUUCUUAUUUCUCUUGGCCCCUCCACCUUCCCCCCGGACCUGUGGCUACCUCCUUGCCAUUCCAGCAGUCACCGCUGAACUUUUUCCUGGAAUGUUUUUCACACUAACUUUGAUUUCCAGAAAAGAUGCAACACACUGCAUUGCCCUAUAACAUGGGGCAGCGUCUGGGUGGGUGGGGUGGGGUGAAUCCUUCCUUUUAACCUCUCCCCCUGCCUAAUUCUCAACGCUCCACUCCUUGCCCUGCUGGGCAGGAUUUUGAACCCCAUUUUUUUAAAUUUAGGAACUAACCGGUGACACUAGGCUGCUUUAAGUGGGGGUUGGGGGGAAGGGAGCAUCGGAGCAGAGGGGGUCUGCUGGGUGUGGGAGUCCCCCAUGGAGUCAAGGCUGUCCUCCUGCCAUCUGCCAGAGUUGCUGCUGCUGCAUAGCCUUCUACUGAGCGCCUUGAAGAAUUUUUACUGUAAAUUACUUUUAUUUUUAACUGUACAGUUUUAUUGUAAAGGAAUAAAAGUUAGACGGGAAGGGGGUUGAGACUUUGGGGUCUGUUCUCCCUCACAAAGGGCUUACACAUGCCUGGGGAAUCAAAAUGUGGAAGUCUGAAGCCGAUUAAGUGGGGGCCACCGCAGCCCUUUAGGGCAAGCCCAUUGAAUUAAAGGGAGAUGAUUGAAAAUAAA